AGCAUUAGUAGAGUUAAGUCACAACGCUGUAACGUUCUUAAAAUAAAUUUUUAAAAAAAGCCUUUUCAUCUUUCAAAUCUAUAACUGGCGCAGUCGACGGAGUUCUAAGUCGAACAAUAUCCGACAAAAAUCGCGGAAUUGGUCCGUUUUUACGGUUUAUCGGCAAUCGCGAACCUUGUGAAUUUACGAAGAGGCAGCACCCAGGAGGAAGUCAAACUUCGACCAAAUCUAUUGGGAGAAGAGCGUUCAGCAACGGUCCAACUUCGACCAACCCUAGAUUAGGCUUGGGAACACAAGCAUCGGUUCCUAUAGGCAACGUAGUCUAAGAGAAUGCAGCUUUUCAUCGCUGGAUUUUUGCUAUUGUCCCUCAACAUCAAACAUGCAAGACCUGACGUAACAUUUCAUGACGUAUCCAAGAACCCCGGACUUUUACCAAUGAAAUUAGGAAACUCGCAAAACAUAAUUGAUUACUGGACUUUCAUUCAAAUUUACGACAUCAACCCUAUUAUCAGUCAAUACCUCAUAAUGCAAAAAACUAUAUACGACUUAGAAAAAAACAUAGAAAACUGUUCUUUAUAUAAAAAAGAAUAUUUUAAUUCAUACAAUUUAGCUUCAACCUUAAAAGAAAAAAUAAAAAAUCAAAUACUUCAAAUAAAUCCAUUCUCUCUUAAAACUCGCGAAAAAAGAGGCCUUAUAAAUGGAUUAGGCAGUAUUGUCAAAAGUAUAACCGGCAAUUUAGAUAAUGAGGAUGCUCAGCGCUAUGAUUCAGCAAUAACUUCAAUUAUGCAAAACGAAAAUAAUAUAAAACUUUUAAUGCAAGAACAAAUUACCAUAAUAGAUAAUUCUAAUAAACUUUUUCAAAAACUCUCAAAGAAUUUAACUUCCAAUCAAAAUAUUUUGGAAUCACAAAUAAAAGAAAUUCAAAUAGAGGUCCAAAGACUUAACAAAAUCAGUUUUGAAGAUAAGCAUUUCUUUCUUUUGCAAACAAUUCUAUCUCAUGCUACCACAUUCUUACAAGAAAUGUAUGAUGUCUUAGAAGAUCUUCAAAUAGCAAUAACUUUUUCAAAACUAAAUACCUUUCAUCCAUCGAUCAUUAGUCCAAAAGACUUAUUCAAGGAAAUUCAAUUAAUUUCUACGAGUUUAACAUCCGGUAAACUCCCAUUUGAUCCAACUUUUAAAAAUGUAUUUCUUUUUGAGAAAGUCCUUAAUAUAAAAAGUUACGCAAAGGAAAACAAAGUCAUAUUUAUCAUUGAAAUGCCGAUCGUAGAGAAGAACAGUUAUCUACUGUACCACCUUUAUCCUCUACCUACACCUUCAAAAACCUUCCACGAUGUCCUCAAAAUAUUAAUUGAUAGUAGCGCAGGUUACUUCCGCUCUAUUUCUCUUGAUAUUUUGUGCUAA